AUGGCUGCGGCACGGAAGCGCUUGCAAGAACUCUUCGAAAAAUACGACACUUCAGGAGAUGGUGUCAUGUCAGAAGAUGAAAUGACGAUUCUUUUGUCUCGAGUGCUUGGUAUUCCGGAGGGGCGUGCUCAAGAUUGGUUUCAGCAGGCUGAUGGGAAUCGAGAUGGCGUGGUCCAUACCCAUGAGUUCAUUCAAUGGCUCACUACAAAUCCGCCCAUGUGGAAGGAACAUGUAGCCGUGGCAGAUGGAAAGAAGACUGUAGAGGUGAAUUUCGUGAACACAUCUGGGGCAGUCGGCCAGGUAUUCACCCUACAGUUUGUAAACUGCGAAAAUGUGAGCUUCCCGAAGGGAAAUCCUGCUGAAGUGGUGGUGCAACCAGGCGAGACAAAGAGCAUGACACUUUUGCACCUCACUGAGCCCUACAAGUAUCGUUUGCAAGUGUCCUAUCGCAGCGAUGCAAGUGGCAUUGAAGAUGAUCCCAACGCUUUCAAAGAUGCAAGCUUCCUGCAUGACAACUCCAGCAUCGUUGAUCCCAACCGCACCCUGAACCUGGGCAACACGGAGUUUUGGAUGCGCGCCAGGAUGCUGGGUGAUCCGGGCUCAGCUGUGCUGUUUGACCGCGUGCGACCGUAUGAAGUGCAGCAAGGAAGUGUUGGAGAUUGCUGGCUGAUGUGUGCCUUGGGCUCAUUGGCUGCACAUCCAAACAAGUUGAAGAGCCUCUUUGAUGGCAGGCACCUGUCGCAUGAUGGCAAGUUGAAGUGGAUGAGUUCUUGCCCUGCACCGUGA